CGUAGCCCAGUCAUGCCAACCCUCUCUCUACAUUAACACCACACCAAAAAGUCUCCUCUCCACUCCCCCUUUUAUCCUGCACCCCCGACACUAUCCUACGCACCUCCUCCUCCUCCUCCCUCAUCCUCCGUCGAAAGCCACCACCAGCCACAAUGGGAAAAGGCGGCGCCCUAAGCGAUGGAGUCAUCAAGAAGAUCAUCCUCUCCUACACCUACGUCGCGAUCUGGAUCUUCCUCAGCUUCACCGUCAUCGUCUACAACAAGUACAUCCUCGACAAGAAGAUGUACAACUGGCCUUUCCCCAUCACUCUCACCAUGAUCCACAUGGCCUUCUGCUCCUCCCUCGCCGUCCUCCUCAUCAAAGUCUUCAAAGUCGUCGAGCCGGUGUCAAUGUCCCGCGAGACUUACCUCAGAUCCGUCGUCCCGAUCGGGGCCUUGUACUCGCUCUCCCUCUGGCUAUCGAACUCCGCCUACAUCUACCUCUCCGUCUCCUUCAUCCAGAUGCUCAAAGCCCUCAUGCCUGUCGCCGUUUACUCGAUCGGCGUCUUGCUGAAGAAGGAGUCGUUCAGAUCUGAGACGAUGACGAACAUGCUCUCGAUCUCGUUCGGAGUAGCGAUCGCUGCCUACGGAGAGGCGAAGUUCGAUACCUGGGGAGUGAUGCUUCAGCUCGGGGCGGUGGCCUUCGAGGCGACGAGGCUUGUGUUGAUUCAGAUCUUGCUUACCUCUAAAGGAAUCAAUCUCAAUCCGAUUACAUCUUUGUAUUACGUGGCGCCUUGCUGUUUGGGGUUUUUGUUUUUCCCUUGGAUCUUCGUUGAGUUGCCGGUUCUUAGGGAGACGUCGAGCUUUCAUUUCGAUUUCGUUGUGUUUGGGACUAACUCUGUGUGUGCCUUCGCGUUGAAUCUUGCUGUGUUUCUGUUGGUUGGGAAAACGUCGGCGUUGACUAUGAAUGUGGCUGGCGUGGUUAAGGAUUGGCUUUUGAUUGCCUUCUCGUGGUCUGUGAUUAAGGAUACGGUUACGCCGUUGAAUCUGUUUGGGUACGGGCUCGCGUUUUUGGGGGUUGCGUAUUACAAUCAUUGCAAGUUGCAGGCGUUGAAGGCUAAGGAGGCUCAGAAGAAGGUUCAGCAGGGUGGUGAUGAGGAAGCUGCUGGGAAGCUUUUGGAGGUUAGGGAGAGUGAAGGCGGUGGAAAACGUGAUGAUGCUGAAGACUGAUUUCGAUGGUGAUCGUGUGGAUCUGAUGGAUGUGUGGAAUGUUUGAGAGGAAUAAGAGCUGAAGGGUGGUUUGUUAGGAUGAUUUUGGUAGCUUUGGAGGGGAGUUUUCCAGCAGGGUUUUUGUGCAUCUUUCGGGUUCUCACUACUUUUGCUUCAUCAUCUUUGUCUUUUAGGUAUCAUUCGUCUUUGUCAUUCUCUGUUCUUUGAGUUUUUUUUUUUUAGUUGCUAUGUUAUUUACCUAAGUUAUGGUUUAAUUACUAUUGGAUGGUACAAUGUCUUACAGUAUUAUCACACGAACCUUUGUGUUCUAUGGAUCUUUGUUUAUUUUUUUU